AUGGGAAUGUCAGGUGAAGAGGGUGGUUGGUUGGUCGAAGAGAGCUCAGGAGUGGCAGUAGUCGAGGAAGUAGGAAGAGUCGAUGCUGGAGAUGAGUCUACAGAGGGUGUCUGCGGAAGAGGUUGGGGCGAUGGAGAAAAGUCAUCCUCUUUGUCAUGGAGGCAUGAAGGUAAGAUGGACCGAGAAGUCGAACAACAGUCUCGGAUGGAGGAGUAG